AUGAUGUCUCACCCUAAUGAAGAACUCUAUCAAGCCGAGUCUCCUAACAUGUCGAACCAUGACGGCAGCGAUCAACGCGACAUCGAGUCACCAGAUUUAUAUCGGGAUGACCCUGAGUUCGAAGACGACCUGUGGAAUCAACUGCAACGACUCCGAGCUACUCCUCACUUCUUGCCGGAUGCCGACAAGCUCCGCGAUCAGGCUAUUUCGGUUGUAUUGCAAUUAGAUAUCGUUUCAUCAUCCCUAGCUAACUUUGUAGAACAAUGA